UGACUGUAAUUUUCUCUCGAAUUUAUGUUCAUGUUUUCUUUUGUUUUCAAUUAAUUUUUUUAGUUGUAAUUAAUGUUUUUUACUUAGUUGUUGUAUUAGAAUGACAAUGGAAAGGAGGAUAAAGUUAAAAACACUAAACAGCCACAUAACUUGCAAGAUUUGCCGCGGAUACUUUAUUGACGCGACCACGGUCACCGAGUGUCUACAUACGUUUUGCAAGAGCUGCUUAGUGAAACACCUGGAAGAGAACAACACUUGUCCGACAUGCAACAUAGUCAUACAUCAGUCUCAUCCUUUGCAAUACAUCAGCUUCGACCGAACCAUGCAAGAUAUUGUAUACAAACUGGUGCCGGACCUCCAAGACAAUGAAUUAAAACGUGAGAGAGACUUCUAUAGAGCAAGGGGUUUGCCUUGCCCCAAGGAUGCAGCGCUGGCUGCUGAUAAACCAGGAGGUGGUGAUGAACUGGAGCAACCAGAUAAUACUGACUGUCAUAGGAAAGACGAACAGGUUAAUGUAUGCUUAGAAUGCAUAUCAACGUCGCUACGUACUCUUAAACGGAGCUUCAUUAGGUGUUCCGCCCAAGCCACAAUAACACAUCUUAAAAAAUUCGUAGCUAAGAAAGCAUUGAAUGGAAUGGAGAAAUAUAGAGAGAUUGACAUUUUAUGCAACGAUGAAUUACUAGGCAAAGAUCACACACUAAAGUUUGUUUAUGUCACCCGAUGGAGGUUUAGAGAUCCACCGCUUCGAUUACAAUAUAGGCCUAAGAUUGAUUUGUAGGUUACCACUUAGCUGUUAAUAUUCCUAAAGAUAUCCUACUAUCUUUUUAUUACCAUAUAUCAUUUGAGUAUUAUUAAGCAAUGGUCAUCAGAAGUAUUUAUUAAAUUUAAAAUUAUAUUAUUUACAUUUUAAUGCUUACCACAAGAAAAGUGGCUUAAAACAAAAAAAUAUCUUAUUGCUAUUUUGCCAUAUCUCCCAGAUAACUGAAAGGGAUCUACUUGUUACAAAUCUUAUUUUGCUAUAUUCUUGUGUUAGAUUUUUAUGUUCAAACAGCAACACUGCUGGUCUCCUCUGCACCUAAGCUUAAUGCAGCCCACUCCACCAUGCUACUCCAGUGCAAGUCAAUGGCAGUAUUUCAUCCAACAAAUGCUGGUUGUCUCAAUAGGGGUCUUCACUUCCACUGUCCGAUUUUUCAAUAAAAGCAUAUGUAAGUCAGUGGUUCUUGCCUGAAUUGGAAUCUGUGAUCAUUGAUUAAGAUCCAUGCAUUCCGUCCAUUGGACCAUUUUAAAAAAAUUAGCUCAAUAGAAACGUCUGUAAACUCAAUGCUUGCUGAUUACUAUCGCUUAAAAACUAUUCAAAUACUCUCGUCUUCAAUACAAUUGUUGAUUGCUCUUCCCAGAAAACUAAGAAUUAUUUAAUUUUAUUAACAAUUAAGUAAAGCAUUUCAUUCGAAUUAAAUAUAUAAUUUACGUUUAAGGGAUAUUGGACUAACAAAGUAUUUUAUACCAUGACUGGGGGGACAUUAAGUGUUUGAACUAACUAAAGCACACAGUAAUAUACACAUUAAAAUUGAUUUUAUAAUUAUCAAAUACCACAUGUAAAAAAUAUAUUUAUGUCGUAUGAUUUAAUACAAAAUGCAAGAAUUUUUAUACUAAUCUUUGGAAAUUAAUAUCAAGUAAUACUAAACUAUAAUCAAAUUAUAGUUGGUAGCUAUAUUGUAUGAAUAUUAUUUGCCGGUAACAUGUUUUUACUAUUGCAAGAUUUUUUUAUAGAAUGUGUACAAACUGAUAAUUAAAAACAUACUUGUUAAACCACGUCUACAAGUCGUGUAUUGAAAUCAGCAGAACCAGAAUAUUGAUCAAAUUAAAUCCAAAAUGGAUUUAAAAUGGCCCCGUACACAUUCUUAUACCAUUUUAUCGAUUGUAUAAAAACUGGCGCAAAGGUCGUAUAAGAUAAUUGCUUAGAUAGUCAGUCGGUGUGCUGACCAAAGUUUAAGGUCAUUCGUCAACACCAUACUACUAUUUACCAUAAUAUCCUAAUAUUUCCAUUUUUUGAAGUACUAUAACAAGAAUGAGAUUCAAUAAGUAUAUUUUAAGGUAAAAUUGGCACACUACACUACUGAAAUACAUUGGAGAAAAAUUUAGAAUACACCGAGAGAUUUGUAAAAACGUCGAGUCAGUUUUUGAAGAUGUCACUCUUGAAGUCUGUUUUUAAGGACUGAAGUGACCAAACGUGUCAUCCGAAAUCAUCACGUUAGACGAUGUAUGCUCUCAAAAUUUGACAGAACAAAAUUACUUUCGUUAGAAAGGGACAGCAAGAUUUUAGCGAAACUAACCAAUAGAACAGUAGUUAUUAUUAUGUACAAAUUAUUUAAUAAAUAUACAUAAAACUACCACCUACUUAGUAAGUGAAUAUCAACAGUAUAUUAUAUACAAAUAUAGUGUAUAUAAAUAUAAUAAGUUUAUGUAAAUAACAUUUCUGCAGUUGAACAUAUGUACUUACAAAGACCAACAUAAAUAUUUAUAUAGAUGUGAUUUGCUAAACUUUAAAUCUGCAUUUAUUUUUUUGACAUGUUUGCUAACGCCACUUUUGUUCAAGAACUGUCAUUUUCGAUACAAUUCGACGAAGUUCCGACCAAUUUUUAAAAUGUAAAACAUUUUGUUGCAAUAGUUUGGUCUUUGUCGGUACUUUCUUAUAACAAUCUUAAACAAUUCGUAUUUGCAUUAUUAUUUUAAGUAAAUAAAACAGGUAUACAAGCUUAUUAUAUAAUGAUUAAUAAAAUAACCUUAACUACAGAUAUGCAAUAAAUAAAAGAUGACUGUAAAUAGUAUACAUGAUAUUGUUUCAGUAAGCUCAGCUUGCUUUCAUACCGACGGCUUAAUGUUAUUAUUAUUUUUUUUCUUAUGACUUAGAUAGACGCCAUACACCUGUAGUUGAGAGCACAUGUUAUUGAAUCAAUAAUCAUCAUUAUCAAUAAUAUUGUUGCUAUAAUACAAUUUAACUUUUAUUAAUAGACCUUGGCUUGGCUAGUUGUACACAUUCUAUUGAAAUCGAUGGUAAUCAAAUGGUGCAUUUUUACGGUAAAUAAUUACGGACGUGGACAUACGUCUAUAAAACGAAUGUAGGUAUUAAAAUUAUAUUUGUAGACUUUUAUACUUGAGGAAACAGAAUUUUAAUGUAUAUUUUAUUUGUUUCACUACAUUCAGGUGUAUUUUAUUUUGUACUUUUUAAAAUCUGGCCGAAAUAAUUUUCAUUUAGAGAGAUUUUAGUUAAUUUGUUGUUUUGUUUUAAUUUUUUUUUGUUACUACGACCUAAGACUUCUAGUGUAUAUAUCUCAGUUAGACAAUUUUAAAUUAAUGUUAGAUAUGGAUCGACUCAAAUUAUUUUAAUGAUUAAAUGUGAAAUAUAUUAUUUG